CUCGAGACCAGGCAAAAGAAGGAAAGAAAGCGAAGAAGAGGAGGGAGAAACGGGAGGGGCAGAUUGAUGAGCAUAAUAUCGAUGAGUACUGGGAGAGAGUGGUCGAGGGGAAGGAGAGGAAGGGCGCGGAACCGAGCAUGAAAGAGGAUAAUGAAGGCUCGCGAUCGACGGGACGAGAUGAAGAGAAGAGAGGGAAGAAGCGGAAGAGGAAAGGCGAUAAGGCUGCCGAGGAGGAGUCAAAGAGUGAGCGAAAAUCAGCCACUCCUGAGCAAGAUGCGCAGGCUGGGGCCCAGGAGCCAAUUGCCGAAAAGACGACCGCGAAAGACCGCGGAUCCAAGCGCGACAAAAAGAAGCGCAAGAAGGACUUCAAAGCAGAUCAUGCAUCCCAACCGGGCACAUCAGAAAUGGAGGCCGCUACUGAAGUUGUCGACCCCACAUUACUCCUACCGGAGCCGAAAGGCCUCACACCGCUGCAGAAGUCUAUGCGAAAUAAGCUCGCUAGUGCACGAUUCCGCCACCUUAACGAGACUCUUUAUACAAAGCCCUCCAAGGACUCGCUUGAACUAUUCAAAGACGACCCUUCAAUGUUUGAAGACUACCACAGAGGCUUCGCACAGCAAGUCGAAGUAUGGCCGGAGAAUCCCGUGGAUGGCUACGUAUCGACAAUAAUCACACGAGGCAAAGUACGGAGCAAAGAUCCCCGGAAGGACAAGAAGUGGAAAGACAAGAAGGGUAGACUAGGCCCAGACUCUCCCGGCGAUUCCGUCCCUACACCCGGAAAGAGUGACAUCAAGCCCCUGCCGCGAAACGUAAAAGGCGUUUGCACAAUAGCCGACCUAGGCUGCGGCACCGCCUCCCUAGCCUACCGCUUACGCACCCACUUCAAACCACUCAACCUGAACUUCCACUCCUUCGACCUCUCCAAACCCUCCGGCCCCUCGGCUUCCCUCGUCACAGUCGCGGACAUCUCCGCGCUGCCCCUCCCAGACUCCACCGUCGACGUCGCCAUCUUCUGCCUCGCACUCAUGGGCACAAACUGGCUCGACUUCAUCGACGAAGCAUACCGCAUCCUGCGCUGGAAAGGCGAACUCUGGGUCUCGGAAAUCAAGUCCCGCUUCGGCCGCGUGGAGCGCCGCAAACCGCCCAUAAACUCCAUCGGCAGCCUCAGGAAAGCCGACAAGCAGACAAAAGGAAAGAAGGGCGGCGGCACCGACAAGCCCGAAGCCGAAGGCCCCCAAGACAGCGCCGACGAACUCGACCUCGCCGAGCACGUCGACGGCGCCGAAGCCAAGAACGGCACCGACGUAUCCGCCUUCGUCGCCGUCCUGCGCAAACACGGUUUCCUGCUCGAUGCGCCGCCCGAGCGCCCCGCCGCCGCGGUCGACCUCGGCAACAAAAUGUUCGUCAAGAUGCAGUUCGUCAAGGCGGCCCAGCCGACGAGGGGCAAGAACGCUAAGCCCAACUCGUCCUCUGCUUCUCAGCCAAAGGGUGGGCUGAAGAUGGGGAUCAAGGGGAAGAAGUUCACUGCAGUUGCGGAGGAGGAUGACGGGGGUGACGAGGCCGAUGCGAAGGUGCUGAAGCCGUGUUUGUAUAAGAUUCGCUGAGGGAAGGGGUUUGGGUGGCUGGUGGGAUGGUGAGAUGGCGCGGGUGAUGCGUCAAUGUGCCGGAGAGACGUGCCAUGGUCUGGAAUCGGCUCCCAGACCCGUCUUGGCUGGCUGGUUGGCUUGGAAGAUGCAGAUUCCAGGGGUUUGAGGAAUGUACUCCAUCCCAUCCCCAUCUAUCCAGUAUAAACCUUCUCCUCCGUCCCGCGGAAGCAGAUACCAUAUCCGGCAAAUCCAUACCAGGAAUGCCAGCACACUUGCCCUACUUGCCCUACUUGACAUACUUGACAUACUAUCUCCAUCCCAUCCACCACCGCAUAUCCUCUCCUCUCGUACAGCACAGAACAGUCCAGUACAUAUAUCCUAUUCCCCACGCACUAGGUACAUAUGCUGGUAAACUCGGCAUCAUCCGGGCCCGUCAUCUAUCUGGGCUAGUCUAGUCUCGUCCAGACCCACGCCGCAGAAAGAAGCAAAACUUGGUGGCGUACU